GUCAGUAGCAUUACAGCACUAGUGAAGGCGAGACGUGGUAGCGCAGAGAGAGAUAAUCCUUCAAAAUACCAGGGAAAGCAAUUCAGUAAUGUAACGAGACUAAGCAUACCUGGUGGAAAUACGAACAGUUGAAAUGUCAGUAGAAAGUCAGUGAAUUCCUUCAGGCGUUUCGUGUGAUAAAACUCAUCAAACAUUGUAAGCGGAAGUCAGCAGUCUGAGUGGUUAUAGUUUGGUGACUUCUGCAGAUUGGUUGAACAUAUUAUACGAGUGACUUCUGUCGCAGUUUUGAUUGGCCAUUUAGGAGUGGCUCGUGCUGCAGUUAGAGUGGUUAUACAAGGGGUGGCUCCGCCUGCACUUCACCACUGAGCCCUGGAGAGAGGACUGGACGAUGGGCGCUCCGCUAGGCUUCACUCUACUCGUCCUACUGCUGCUGACGCCACAAGGACUGUCCAAGGGCUACAACAACAAGUUCAGCUACAACGACGACGGCAGUAGCUACUACGAGGAUUACAAGGAGGACGAGGUGGAGGAAGUGAGGCCGAACUUCCUUGCGAGACCUCAGUCCUUCACCGUAGAGGUCGGCCAGUCCGUCAUCCUGCCUUGUGAUGCUGAGAACCCAGGCACCAACAAGCUCAUCAUCAAGAAAAUCGCCACCGACGGAGGCAAGGACAAGCUGGUGUCUGUUGGGGCAGAAAAGGUCACCAGGGACCGUCGCAUCACCGUAGACGGCUCCCGUCUCACAAUCUCCCCUGUCCGUCCCCGUGACGCCGGGUACUUCCUCUGUAUGUUCGAGCUGGAGCCGCCCGUCGAGCUCAAACACAGCUUGGACGUGCAGUUUGCCCCGUCCAUCGAGUCCCUCGUCCCUCCAGAGCAGCAUGUAGCCAAGGGCACCACCGUGACCUUAGAGUGCAAGGCCCAGGGCAAUCCGGAGCCUGUUAUUCGCUGGUCCCGUCAGGAGGGGUCUCUGCCCUCAGGCCUCUCCACAGAAGAGGGUAACACGCUGACGAUAGAGGGCGUCGACCGGCACGUGGAGGGCACCUACCUCUGUACCGCUGACAACGGCAUUGGCGGCCCCAAUUCUGCCGCCAUGUCCAUCACCGUUGAGUACCCGCCGGAGAUCACCACAGAGAAAUCGAUAGUGACGACGGGAGACGGUGACAAAGCCGAGCUGGUGUGUGUGGUACAAGGACGACCCUCUCCUGACGUGACUUGGACCAUGAACGGACGCCCUCUACCGGACAUCCAAAUGGACACCAAACUCUACCGUCCGGGCCGCCACAACGACACCUACGACCCCUACAACUCCCGCAUGAACCCGACCCACGCCGACCACCUGAACCUCGCCCAUGCGGCCCACCGACACAUCUACACCAUCGAGAACGUCUCCGAAAAGGACUUCGGAGACUAUGUUUGCGUCGCCAAGAACACCCACGGGCAAAAGAAUGCCAAAAUACACUUGACAGGCCUACCUAAGCCUCCCCACGUGACUAGCAGCCCCAAUGGAGGGGAGAGAACCAUGUACACCCUCACAUGGGAGACGGAGAGCUACUAUCCUAUCAUUGAGUUGAUGAUAAAUUAUCGCAAGGCUAACAUGGGAGGCUGGCAGACCAACCGAACUAUGACGAUGGACGGCAGCUGGGAGAUCAUCUCCAGCGGCGUGGAUCCGAAGGACCUGGUGAACGACGACACCCGGCACUCCAUGACCUACACCCUCACCAACCUGGAGGUGGCGACGGACUACCUCGCUGUGAUCAGGGUCCGCAACAAGGAUGGCUGGUCGGCGGAGUCCCAGCACUUCUCCUUCUCCACCAAGAAAGCGGCCUUGGCAGUCCUACAGUCAACGAGCAGCGGAGUCAGAUGUCCAACAGGUGUCUCUUCCUUGCUUCUCCUCACCCUCGUCCUUCCUAAUGUGUAGAAAGCAACAUUGUUCUAGGAAUGACAACGUCUUGCUUCUUGCAUCCAGCGACGCUUAGACAGCGUUAUGUGCGGUUUAUGUAAAUGCCUUCACAGAUUCUUACAUAACCUGAUGUUUGAGGGGAAACAAAACUAAUAUAUGAAAAACUGUCAAAUUGGAGAUUAAGUUCGAAUUUCAAAGCCAAAUAUGGAUGUAAGUUCUAUCAGUCUGAUGGAUGUGUGUGUGUGUGUGUGUGUGUGUGUGUGUGUGUGUGUGUGUGUGUGUGUGUGUGUGUGUGUGUGUGUGUGUGUGUGUGUGGCCCCGUUGUUACAGAUGAAGGUCACAUAGGAAGAGUAUGGGAUCUGCUGCCUAGUGUCCCUGAGACCAGCUGUCCAGAGUGUUCCUGGGACCUGCUACCCAGAGUAUCUCUGGGAGCAGCUGUGCAUAUGGGAAGGUGUGAGGAAGCGUUCCACUCUCCCCCCAGGUUCUGUGUACCCGAGGGGCUCUGAGACCGCUUCAGUCCGCUGUACAUUAUUCUGUGGCUGUUUACAUCUAACUUAGUAUUCUAAUAGGUGUUUUAAACUAAUGUAGCAUUACCUGUAAGUUUAGAUGAAGCAUGAAGCAAUAGUUUGAUUUUGCAUCCUUCCAAACAUCAAGCCAGUUUUAUAAUAUAAGAAGGUAACAAGCAGUGAAAACAAUAAAAAUUAUAUAAAAAAAAAGGAAGUAAAUCUUAGACAAUUAUAUUUUUCCCUUGAAGGUCAGAGGUGAACUGAUGGAUGCACUGUCACCCUAAAGUGGCGAGCCUUGGUACCCAGCCACGCUAUACCUGGUGUGUGUGUGUGUGUGUGUGUGUGUGUGUGUGUGUGUGUGUGUGUGUGUGUGUGUGUGUGUGGGUGUGUGUGUGGUAUCUUAGUGGAAUGUUAUGAUUUAAUGAGAAAUAUGUAUGUCUCGAACUUAUUUUGUACAUGUGAAUAUCCCUUCAUGUUAUAUUACCCCAAACAUACAUAUAUAUAU